AUGUAUGCGAACUUAAGUGAGGUAAAAAAUGUAGUUUCAAAGCUGGAGUCUUACCUCGGUGAAAUACGAGAAAUCACGCAUUACCUCAAGCUGUCAUUUUCCCCGUCGUUCGUGUCGCUGAGCAUGUUUCAGAAGCUGCGAGUGAUCCGCGGUGCUGAGCUAUGGAAUGGAACGUAUGCCAUCGCCAUUUUUGAAAACUCGCAUUUGUCUAAGCUGUGGAAGCUGGAUAGCGGCCCUGAGAAGCUGCAGAUUGAACAGGGCAAGCUGUUGUUCCACAAUAAUCCGCGACUGUGCUACAGCGUCAUCAUGGAGCUGGCGGAUGUUGUGAAUCUGAGGAACGAAAUCCAUGAAUACGACGUGUCGCCCAUAUCCAACGGCAACGAAGCAGUGUGUGAAGAACUGAACAUCACAUUCAAGUGCGCUCUGGUUGGCCGUGAUACUGUUGUGAUUGAGUUGGAUAAGUACAACACCACUGGAAUGGACCAGAGGAUGUUUCUCGGAUACCAGUUGUACUAUCGACCUGUCGAAACGGAGAAUAUCAGCAUAUUUGAAGACCGCGAUGCGUGCCAUGACAGUUGGAAGAUGCAGUUCGUGCAGCCCCUGGUCAACGGAGCUAUGGUGACCAAUCUUAUGCCUUACACGCUUUAUGCUUUCUACGUGAAAACGCUGAUGGUCAAUUCGCCCGGUGCCAAGGGCGGUAUAUCGGAAGUGCUGUACAUUCGCACAACGUUUGGGCCGCCCAGCCACGUUUUGUUGAAGGAGGUCGAAAGCGUUUCCGAGUCGAGUAUCUUCCUGCGAUGGGAGGCGCCCCUGGUCCCGAACGGGCAGAUAACGCACUACAUGAUAUCGUACUUCCCUAAGAUCAAACUUCUGUCGAAGGACCGCAACUACUGCGAGUUUCCGCCCGAUUACUCGAAAGGCGAAGAAAACGCAACUCUGCAGAACUUCGGUUCGCUGGACAUCGUGCCACCGAGUUAUUACCCUGUGCCCGAAAGCUCGUCAUGGGGUGACGGCUACUGUUCGAAGUACAAGUGCUGCCCGUGCUCAGAUCAGUAUACGAACGUCGAGGAAACGUCGCUGAAUGAACAAGAGAUGGCCGCUGCGCAGAAAGAGAGGGCCAUGUUCGAGAACAGCAUUCACAACAUCGUCUUCGUCAGCAGGUCGGUGUUCGCCCUUUUCUGGCGUAUGUUCAGGUUUUGUGAACAACCGCUCCCCACCCCUGUUCGCCUUCGAAAAUAUCUUCAGUGA